AUCCCGUUCGUGUCCAAUUCCCUUAUCGCCUCCUUCCCACUGCGCCUUUCCACCGAAGAGGGCGUGAACGUGGCCGACCACAAUGAGGAGGAAGGAGGCGGUGGUGGUGUGGCGUCCCAUCCCGGGCCUCGGAGAUGCGCCGAGGAGGUUCCCCCCUCCUCGUGCAGUAUUCGCGUCCGUCUCCAACGGCGGCGACGGUGGCGUCGCCUCGGGCGUGAGGGAUAGGGAGAAGGACAAGGAGGACGGGAGGGAGAGGGAGGCGUUCCCGUCCUCGGACCAACUUCUGCGGCAUCCUCUGGCGCUGCUGGCGCUGGUUCCCGAUGGGGCGGCUCUCUUCACGGCCGGGGCCAUUGCCGGUGCCGCUGCCAAGACCCUCACCGCGCCUCUCGACCGUGCCAAGCUCCUCAUGCAGACUCAUGGGUUGCGGGCUGUUGAGCGGACUGGAAAGAAGGCGAUUGGUUUCAUUGAUGCUAUAACAUUGAUAGGGAAGGAAGAUGGGAUUAAAGGCUACUGGAAAGGGAAUUUACCCCAGGUGAUACGAAUAAUUCCAUAUAGCGCAGUUCAACUCUUUUCUUAUGAACUUUACAAGAAACUCUUUAGUAAAAAGGAUGGGGAACUUUCCAUUGUAGGGAGGCUUGUAGCAGGGGCUUGUGCUGGAAUGACAUCCACACUAGUAACAUAUCCAUUGGAUGUCCUAAGGCUAAGGCUUGCAGUUGAACCUGGUUGUAGAACAAUGUCCCAGGUUGCUCUUAAUAUGCUAAGAGAUGAAGGGCUAGCAUCGUUUUACAGUGGUCUUGGUCCUUCUCUUAUUGGGAUAGCGCCAUAUAUUGCCGUUAACUUCUGUGUGUUUGACUUGGUGAAGAAGUCACUCCCAGAAAAGUACCAAAAGAGGCCAGAAACAUCUCUUGCAACUGCACUGGUCUCGGCAACAAUUGCUACACUUAUGUGCUACCCUCUGGAUACUGUGAGAAGACAGAUGCAGAUGAAAGGUUCACCUUACAAUACUAUUUUCGAUGCCUUCCCGGGUAUCGUGGAGCGUGAUGGCUUCUUCGGCUUAUAUCGAGGUUUUGUGCCCAAUACAUUGAAAAAUCUGCCAAACAGCAGCAUUAGGCUUACAACCUUUGACAUGGUCAAGAGCCUAAUAUCAUCUGGGCGAAAGGAACUUGAGAGAAUUAGUGCGGGGAACAAGGUGAAAUUGGUUAGCUAAUUCAUGGAGCAUCUAAUCGGUUGUGCAGAAGCAAAAGAGGGCAAGAUAUAAUUCCUAUCCCGUGUCUGAUUUGUCUGAUUGGUGCUGGAUGCGGCCAGAUAAGCAUGCAUCUUUCACAUUUUUACGAUUAUUUUGUUUGAAACUUUCAGAUAGAUUCCAUUUAUCAGAUAUUUAAAUGCCUAAACAACAGAGUGGUUUUUUGAUUGA